GCGAGCGCACACGCUGACGGAUGUUAGUUUCCGUGUUCAGACAGCAACAACACAACACUUUGGUGCUCACAUUGUGGAUAAUAGAACACAUGUUCAAAAGCAGAGAUUAAUCAGCAGCAACAACAACAAUAAUACAAACACGAGACGGUUUGCACAAAAUGAAAACAACGUUUGACGUGAAUUAUUAACAAAAACAAAAAAAACCAGGAAAACUCGUCAACCCAAAGAUGACAUAAAUAAAAAUAACAAACAAACAAAAGUGAAAUGUUAUGAAAAAAAUAAUAAUAAGAAGAAAAUACCUAACAUAUGCACAUAUAAAAAUAAUGAGUAUGAAAUACUAUAAGAAGUGAAAAAUUAUUGGAAUAAAAUUGAAAAAUUAAACCAAAAGCAAAAGAAAUUCUUUUAAAAACAACAAUAGCCAUAACAAAAAUCAUUAAAGAGAAAUAAACGAAAAAUUAUUAAAGUUAUCUAUUGGUGAGUGUUAAAACAACAACAACCACACAAUUAAAACAAUAACAAUGUAGUGAAAUACAAAGCAUUGAUAAAAACAAAUUUUUAUGGCAAAAAUAUAUCAAACAAUUAUCUUAAAGAAUUUAUAAAGUGAAAGUGUUAUAAACCUUAAACAAUUUUAAGAAAAUACCCAACAAUACCCCGUAUUUAUAUGUGUUUGCUUGCCUACCUACCAUCAUCGUUAAUCGUUUUUACUAUUGGAUUACGCGCUCAAAUAUUGGAUUAACCCCAAAGCCCCCCACCAUCAACAUAACGCUUUGAUUUCAACAUACAUUCAUCACUACACCAGCGCCACCACAACUUGACCUUUGCCGGUAGUUGGGAUUAAACAGAGCGAGAGAGAGAGAGCAACAGAAAAAGAGAAAAAACAGCAACAACAACUUUAAACUAUUAUUAAUUAAUACCUCACUCACACUGAAGCCAUGGCUGCGGAUUUAUCAACAACCACAACAGGGGGAAAAGCAACACUCACAACUUCCUCAACGGAAAAUCUCUACAUGCAGUUGAAUGCAUCGGAAUUGUCGGCGAUCAUAAUGAAAGGUUCUCCCCAUUCAAAUGAUCGUGAUGCUGGUUUCUGUUCCGGCAGUUCAGAGGGCGGUGAUGACUAUUCCAUGGACAAUUUACGUCUGGCGCCCAGUACUCCUCACACAGAUGCCUCCGAUGAUUCGGUGGAGGUCAAGGCAUCACCCAUCUCUUUGGUGCGUAAUAAACGCAAAAGUUCUGAGCCCUCUAAGGUCAUCAGUGGUGAGCUGGAGGAGAGGCCCGCCACCGCUUCGCAAUCCAAUGGACCUUUAAAGAAACGCAUACGCUAUACUUCCACCACAGAUUCGGGUGUGGUGUUAACACCGCCCGCGGUAACCAUAACCUCGCCCCCGCCCUCGCUAUGGGAUCCUAGUCAAAUAUUACCUCAUGAAUUAAUGCCAAAUCCCGCCCAAGUUUUUGUGCGUCAUCCCGGCGUUACCACUUUGCAUCGUUUGCCCAAAGAGGAAAUUGUCGAGGAAUUACCUCAAGAGCAAGAGGAACCCUUGGCUUUGGUGUUAAAAAAACCUGUAACCAGCAACAGUGAAGAAACCUCCAACACUAAACUUAGCCUCAAAUCCUUAACACCCAAGAAGCGUUAUAUAGCCCAUGAACCCUUAGGGGAAAGAUCUCCCAAAAUAGCCUGCCUGGACAGCAAUCAAACAAAUCAUCAUACACCAAGUCUGGUGCCGGCGCCUGCUCUAUCUUUGACCUCCUCGCAUGAAGACUUUGCAUUGAAUACCUCAGCAAAUACAACGAAAAAUUCCUCGUCCACCUCCUCCUCUGGAGCGGGCAGUUCUUCGAAACCCCAACAACGCAACUAUAAAAAUAUGACCAGAGAACGACGCAUAGAGGCUAAUGCUCGCGAACGUUCCCGGGUACACACCAUCUCAGCAGCCUAUGAGACUUUGCGUCAAGCCGUACCCUCAUAUUCCAACAAUCAAAAGCUUUCCAAGCUUUCGGUGCUGAGAGUGGCCUGCUCCUAUAUACUAACAUUAUCCCGCAUGACCGGCUAUGAUUAUAGUCAAGAUCAAUCGGAACCCUCGAUAGCAGAUUGUUUUGAGGCUGUCACCGCCACCAUACAGACAGAGGGUAAAAUACGCAAGAAAAAAGAGGAUGAAAAGUAAAUUUAAGAAGUCUGAACAUAGAAUGUUAGGGUUUCUAUAGCUGAGUUAGACAUAGAGAGAGAUUGAGAGAGAGAG